UAACAUUCAAGGACUUUUAUUGGCUGUGUGUUUUUCGAUUUUAAAAUGCGAAUUUUAGGUUAUAAAAACAUGAUAUCUGUCAAAACAAAGCAAACGUCAUUUCAUGGUUAAAAAUCUUACAAAUAUCAUUAAAAAUGUCGAGAUUCAGCGGUGUUCUUCAGUUAACCGAUUUAGACGACUUUAUUACCCCUUCUCAGGAAUGUAUAAAACCAGUUCAAAUACAAAAGACAAAAACAAGUACAGGGGCGAAAAUACGCAUACAAGAAGAUGGUGAUUAUUAUCAAGUCGAAGAGGAUGGGUCAGCUUUUAAACUGCAAAAGGUUGAAAUAACUUUAUCCGAUUGUUUAGCAUGUUCUGGGUGCAUUACGUCGGCUGAAAGUGUUUUGGUUACGCAGCAAAGUCAAGAGGAGUUGAUAAGAGUUUUUGAGGAGAAUAAGGCAUUAAAAUUGGCGGGUAAAACAAGCGAGGCCAAGUUGAUAAUAGUGUCCAUAUCGAUACAGCCUAUUUUAUCGCUCGCCGUGCGUUAUAAUCUGACCCCGAACGAAUGCGCAGCCAGACUUGCGCAGUAUUUUAAGCAGCUGGGUGCAGAUUUAGUGGUCGACAUGACGAUUGCGGACGAUUUUGCGUUAUUGGAGAGUCAGCGGGAGUUCGUAAGGAGAUACAGGUCGACUGAAAAUGACGGCGUUAAGAAUGUUUUGCCCAUGCUGGCUUCAAGCUGCCCCGGCUGGGUCUGCUACGCCGAAAAAACGCAUGGGAGUUACAUUUUACCGUACAUCUCGACCACAAAGUCGCCGCAGCAGAUUAUGGGUUCGAUUAUUAAGCAUUGGGUCGGUCAUAAUUUGGGAGAUAGGCCUAUUUAUCACGUCACAGUUAUGCCUUGUUACGAUAAAAAAUUGGAGGCAGCUAGGGAGGAUUUUUUCGAUGUCAACACUGAUUCAAGAGAGGUUGAUUGUGUUAUAACUGCAAUUGAGCUAGAACAAAUGUUAGAUAAAGAUAGAAUAUCUCUAGAUUCUUUGGCUGAGUCAACCUUUUCUGAACCUUGGUUGAUAAAGCAAGAGCCCACUGAGGUUAAACCUAACCUCACUUGUCAUUUAGGGUCAGGAUCCGGGGGUUAUUCCGACCACAUUUUUAAAUAUGCUGCCAAAGAGUUGUUUGGCGUUGAAGGCGUCAAUUUGGAGUACAAAACAUUACGAAACCAAGAUUUCAAAGAGGUUAUUUUGGAAAAAGACUCCAAAGUUCUUCUAAGAUUCGCCAUAGCGAACGGUUUUAGAAACAUCCAAAACCUCGUACAAAAACUAAAACGCGGGAAAUCGACAUACCACUACGUGGAAGUCAUGGCGUGCCCUGCAGGUUGCUUGAACGGUGGUGCGCAGGUGCGCCCAAAAGAUGGCGUCACCGUCAAAGAAUUGUCAAUGCAGCUGGAGAAAAUGUACGAAAAAUUACCGAUCAAAAGUCCGGAAGAAAAUGUUUUGGUCAAGGAUUUGUACGAAAAUUGGUUGAACGGGCAAGAGAGCGACAAAUGCCAGUCAGUGUUGCACACGCAAUACCAUGAAGUACAAAAAAAUACAAAUGCUUUAAAUAUUAAGUGGUAAAAUGUAAAUAAAUAUAUGUAUAAACAGUUUCAUUGGAUUUUUUUAUCAAAA